AUGGCGGGGCUGCGGCACGCUGCGGCACUGGCGCUCGGUGCGCUGGGCGUCGGCGCCCUGUGGCGGCUGGCCCUGGCGCAGCCCGAGGAGGCCUGCCCAUCGGGCAGCUGCGCCGCUGACGACCCGGCGCUGCUGCAGAAGCAGGCCCGGGCGUCGACGCGCGUGGCCAUCCACGCGGCCCAGUCGCCAGACCCGCCCCCGGGGCCGGCGCCGCCCGUGCCGGACGGAUGGGAGCCCUGCCCUGGCUUGCUCUACGGCACCCCGAACACCUCGUUCGCGAAGGCCCCCAGCGAGGAAGAGUUCGUGGCCGCUCUCGCCGAGCUCGACCUCACGGCCGUCAUGGACGACAUGACCCAGCUGAUGACGGACUCGCAGUCCUGCUGGCCGGGCGACUGGGGAAGCUACGUAGGGCUCUUCACGCGGCUGUCGUGGCACGCCGCCGGCACCUUCCGCAACACGGACGACUUCGGAGGCGACGGCGGCGGCCGUCAGCGAUUCGACCCCGAGGCCAGCUGGGAGGACAACACGAACCUGGACAAGGCGCGAGGCCUGCUCUGGCCGCUCAAGGAGAAGUACGGGGACGGUCUGAGCUGGGCGGACCUGAUCGCGCUGGCCGGCACGCAGACCCAGUGGGCGAGCGGCAUGCCUUUCAAGGAGUUCUGCUUCGGUCGUCUCGACGAUGAGGAUGGUGCGAAGAGCCUCCCGCUGGGGCCCGGCGAGAUGCAGGAGAGGAGAUGGCGCCCUGCACUGGUCCUGUGA